CAGACCAGGAGCAGAUAGCAUAGCAGGCAACUGCUGCUUUGAUUCAUUACUGUUCUUCAUAGCUUCAUCUUCUCCAUAUCUAAAGGACAUUGAAAGCCUGUUGCUUCUUCUCUGCACGCUUCUUUUCGGAUUCUUCUUCCACAUCUGGGCUGGUCCAUCGAAGUAAUCGAAUUGAUAGGCAACUAUAUGGAGGUGAAUGACCUGUAUAUCAAGUGAAGGCUGCGUAUAGUUCAAAUCUAGUUUGCAAUAACAUAUUAUGCAUUGAUCAGCCAUUUAGUGGUGUCAGUAUUAUGGAUGUGGUCAAUGGAGCUAACGGUAUCAACAACACCCCUAGUCUAGCUUCUAAACAACGACUCCGUUGGACGCAUGAGCUUCAUGAACGAUUUGUUGAUGCUGUGGCACAACUGGGUGGCCCAGAUCGGGCUACUCCAAAAGGCGUGCUCAGAGUCAUGGGUGUUCAAGGUCUAACAAUUUAUCAUGUGAAGAGCCAUUUGCAGAAAUAUCGGCUGGCAAAGUACCUCCCAGAUUCCUCUUCUGAAGGAAAAGCGUUCGACCAGAAAGAAUCGGGUGACAUGCUUUCCAGUUUGGAUGGUUCAUCUGGAAUGCAGAUUACAGAAGCUUUAAAGCUGCAGAUGGAGGUGCAAAAGCGACUGCAUGAGCAAUUGGAGGUGCAAAGACAGCUUCAGUUACGUAUAGAAGCCCAAGGGAAGUACCUGAAGAAGAUAAUUGAAGAACAACAGAAGCUGAGUGGAGUUCUAUCGGAAGUGCCUGAUAAUUUCCCAGAAUCCAAAAACGCAACCGAUGCUCCUCCUAUCAUGAUGGAUCAGUCGGCCAAGGAAGUCAACAACGAUGAAACGUUAUCAUCCUCUUCUAGACGUGAACCAUUAACACCAGACUCCAGUUGUCAUUUGGUUGAGAACCCAAAAGGAGAGAGGUCGGUGAAGAAGCAACGCAUGGAUGCAACUUACUCUAAACAAGCGUUGGGGUUAACUCACCAAAUACUGGAAUCGAGCAUAAGGCCGCCAUUCCAGCAGCAGCAGCAGUUUGGUCAUUCAUCUGGGAUGUCGGUUGACAAUGAAGAUUAAUAUGUAAAAGUCUCAGAUCAAUCAAUCAUCAAAUGUAUUGCUUUGUUAUGUACCUGUGCAGGUUAUAGAAAUAUAUAUAUAAAUAUGGUAUAUUUGAUUAGUUUCAAAGGGUGUGGUAAGAAUGAAGGAUUGGUAAUUAGGAUUCUGAAGAUGAGACAAAUUAGAUGAUAAUAUUAAUUAAUGUAUUUGUCACU